GGCAGGAUGGAGGUGCUGAGGCCCACCCUGAUAAGGAUCGGGGAGAGAGUGUACAGGAAGAACGCCAUUCAGGAGCAGCCCUACCAGCAAGAGGAGGAGGAGGACUUCUCUGCAGUAAGCCCUGGUGACUGCUCAGAUGAACCCUGUGAUGCCUUUGUGGUGGAAGAGACUGAGAAGGGCUUCCAGUGCAGAGUGGAGGUCCCCAGCCCCUUAUACAAGUACAUCAUUGGGAAAAAAGGGGAGACCAAGAAGAGACUAGAAACAGAGACUAGAACCUCCAUCAGCAUUCCCAAGCCUGGAGUGGAAGGAGAAAUUGUGAUCACAGGGCAGCAGCGCAGCGGCGUCACCUCCGCCCGCACGCGGCUCGACGUGCUCCUGGACAGCUUCCGCAGGAAGCAGCCCUUCACACACUUCCUGUCCCUGCCUCUCAACCAGCCCAACAUCCAGGAGAGGUUCCUGCAGUUCAAGGAGGAGGUGCUGGAGAAAUGCUCACAGGACCCUGGGGUCAGCAGCAGCCUGUUCCAGAACCCUGCCAAGCUUCACCUGACCCUCGGGACGCUGGUGCUGCUGAACGAGCAAGAGAUCCAGAGAGCCUGCGACCUCCUGCAGCGAUGCAAAGAGGACUUUGUGGAGCAGAUUGCUGGAGGUGAGCCCCUGACCGUGGAGGUGGCCGGCGUGGAGUACAUGAACGAUGACCCUGCCGUGGUUGACGUCCUGUAUGCCAAAGUCCACAUGAAGGAUGGCUCAGACAGGCUGCAGGUGAUCGCUGACCGGCUGGUGGAACGGUUCGUAGCCUCUGGCCUGAUGCUGAAAGAGUGGGACAGGGUGAAGCUGCAUGCCACAGUCAUGAACACUCUCUUCAGGAAAGAUCCAAGUGCUGAGGAACGACACAAUCCAGCGCCUGGGAGAUCAUCUUGCAAGGAGCGGGAGUCCUUCAGCGGCCGAAACAUCCUCAAGCUCUUUGAGAACUUCUACUUCGGAGAGGUGCGGCUGGACUCGGUGCGUCUUUCCCAGAGGUUCUCCUCGGAUGCCUCCGGCUACUACGCGACGUCUGGGCAGCUGACCUUCUGCUGAGGCCACAGCAGGGCCAUGCUGCCAGCAGAGG